GACCAGCUGGGUGUUAUUCUCACCAAUUCAGAGUCUUCGGGUUUUCCCUAACGGCCACUGCAUGGGCUUUCCCGAUCCGAUUGCGAUGGAUUUCUGAUCAUCCCAUUUGGAUUGAUCAGUGGCUGUUGAAACAGGAAAGCCUGCAGUAUGCCAGUCAGUUGGUACAAGAGCAAUUGCAGCAAGGGCAUAUCGUGCCUUCUACCAGCCCUUGGAAUACUCCUAUUUUUGUGAUUAAGAAAAAAUCGGGGAAAUAUCGGCUGCUACAUGAUCUGCGUGCUAUAAAUAAUCAAAUGCAAGCAAUGGGGGCAUUGCAACCAGGAUUGCCAAACCCAUCGAUGGUCCCGGAGUCAUGGCAUCUGUUAAUAAUUGAUCUGAAGGAUUGCUUUUUUACAAUCAAAAUUCACCCCGAUGAUUCAGAACGCUUUGCUUUCACAUUGCCAGCAAUCAAUAAGAGCAUGCCAGCGGCACGCUAUCAAUGGGUUGUGCUUCCGCAGGGGAUGAAAAAUAGCCCCACCUUAUGCCAGUUGUUUGUUGAUUACGCGUUAGCACCGGUUAGAAAAGCUUGGUCUCAUGCUAUUAUUUAUCAUUACAUGGAUGAUAUCUUGUUUGCUCAAUCUGAACCUUUUACUAUGCAACAAGAAGUCUUCCUACAGGAGCAAUUACAGAAAAACGGCUUGCAGAUAGCACAAGAGAAGAUACAACGGGAAGCGCCUUGGAAAUACCUGGGAUGGAUAAUUACAGAAGGGACUGUCCGCCCACAGAAGCUUAACGUCAACUGUGAGUUAUGAACCUUGAAUGAUGUCCAACGAUUUUUUGGUGACCUCCAAUGGUUGCGGCCGGUAAUCGGCUUUAGCUCGAAGGACCUUAAUGAGUUACGGCCGCUAUUGAAAGGCACAGACCCGGCAGCCAAGGUGUCUUUGACAGCCCGACAGGCACAAAUUGUGCAACAGCUAUUACAACAGAUAGCAACAAGGUCCGGUUUGGGUUCCAGCUCGUUGGACUCGGCCUAAGAUACCUUCUCCUUCUAUGGAUGACAUUGAUCAAGUCGAGCCAACUGAGGGAACUGCUGUUGUCUUCAGAAGCUAAUGUAUGGGUAACUUGGGCUAAUAGAACAAAUCAUCCAGAUUUCUGUCUUAGCUUGAAAUCAGCAGGAGAGCCUUUUCGCACUUGUUUAAUUGGUUGGCCUGAUUAUGAUUUGUCCGCUUUUCAACAUUUUGUAUAUAGCGUUAAGAAGUGUAAUUAUAGUGAAACGGCUACCCGUAGUGCGUGCUUGAUUGGUCAACUGAAUAACACCCUUCCGUGGGAUCCUCAGGAAUUGGAUUUAUUAGGAUCUCGAACAGCAAGUAAUGCCUCAGGAGACAUUAAAUGUCUUUUGUUUGGUCCAGGAAGUACUUAUGAUAAAUUUGCUAUGCGCCUCACUAGGCCACAAAAUCCCUUAAGUCCUUAUUACGGCAAACCAUGGACUUCUGUAUUUCCUCGGAACGUAGGAGCUUUCGCCUUUAAUAACUAUUGUGGUGGAAACUUUAGCAUAGGCAAUGCGUAUGGUCUUAGGUACACCCGUAUUUCUGGGAGGUUACAGCUGGAGACCCUAGUCAAUAUGAAUACAGCAAAAGCCCUUCCCCCCGGUAUAUUUCUAAUUUGUGGGGAUAGGGCAUGGGCCGGGGUACCUAAGAAUAUAGUAGGAGGACCCUGCUAUUUAGGAAAGCUAACCUUGUUUGCACCACGGCGAGCGGAAUGGAUGAACAUCAAUAGGAUGCUAUCAGGAGAUGACCGCCUGAGGGAUCAACGCUCGGCAAUGAUUCUGGCUGAAGAUUGUCGUGACGAGGUACAGCUAUGGACAGUCACUGCGAACAUCUUUGCGUCUAUCCUAGCACCAGGUCUGGCGGCUGCACAAGCCUUGAAGCAGAUUGAGCGAUUGGCAUGUUGGACAGUCAAACAAAGCAAUAUUACGUCCCAGAUUCUUGAGGAAAUGCUGGAGGACAUGGACAGUUUACGGCACGCGGUGUUGCAAAAUAGAGCAGCUAUAGACUUUUUGCUGUUAGCGCAGGGUCACGGGUGUACUGAUUUUGAGGGAAUGUGUUGUUUUAAUUUGUCUGAUCAUAGUGAUUCCAUACAUAAGCAGAUUCGCUGGCUCUUGAAUCACACGCAAUCUGUGAGUAAAGAUCAUAACCCCAUAGACGAUUGGCUUCAUUCUACUUUUCCAGGCCUUUCCUCAUGGGCAUACGGCCUGAUAAAAGAAGGUUUGCGAUGGUUACUGAUCUUGCUAUUGAUAAUUAUAGGUGGACGAAUUGUAUAUGGCUGUCUUCAAAGGGCAAUCGAUCCCCCUAGAGCCAUGCCGGUAUUUAGUACAACGUUUUCGACGAAUGAUUUUAUUCAAGAUUGGCUUAAAGAGCAAGGAGGUCAUAACUCCUUGGAAUAUCUUGAGAUGCGCCCAUAAAAUAAAAAGGGGGGAAUUGCAGUGGGUUUUAAUCUGUAUCUGAAUCUGGGUUUCUAAAAGAUGCUCGAACUAGCUUGCGUGGCUUAGGAGCCAGGGACGGUUUAUGCUUGGAACGUAGCAUAGAUUGUACCCUUAGAUUGUAUCUAGGAUUGUUCGUGCUUGGUGAAUGGAUUUCUGGAAUGCUCGCUUUUGUUCCUUCGACAUGCUUGUCUAAACACUGUACCCUAGGUAUGUGAUUUAUAGAGUUGUUUAUAACCAUGGUUUCAGGUUCUGUAUCUAUAUAAGG